AUGGCGGACGCCGAUGAAGAUGGCAUGCUGCGGCCUUCCUCCACCGCCAUUACUUCGACCGGUGUGGACCAGGACAUCUCCGAUGAGGCUCAAGAUUUCCGGUUCUUGAACAAUCUCUCACUUCUUUCCGAUCCUACUCUACAAACCCUUCCCCAUCGAGGAGAGAAAGACUUCGAGCCGAACCCGACACUUCACCAAGCAGACACGCUUGCGGCGUCUCGAAAUGCUAUGCACAAUGCACUUAUGUAUCCGCGCUUGCAUAAUCCGAAAAAUAGGAUAGUGGGUAUAUUCUGUCCUGACGGAAUCCUAGAACCUGAGUCGUCGCGAACGGUCCAAGCGUCUCAAGCGACUUGCGCGCAGCCUCCCACCACAGAGAAUGCGUCGAAAGUGGAUUCUACAGUUGAAGGCAUUGCUCAGCUCCAAGUACAACGCCAGGUUUAUCGCCCGCGCGGAGAUGACCUUUGUGUUUGUGUGCCAAAUCCGCGGGGCCAGCAUUUCAGAACAAUGGGACGGGCGGACCAGUUCAACAGAGUUUGGCUGUUACCGGAAGAGGCGUUGUAUCUCCUAGAGCGUGGCAGCCUAGACAUUCGUUGGCCAGUAGAAUCCUCACAGGGUGGAGGGGUAAUUGAUGCUAUAGACGCUAUGGAACGAGGUGUCCCAAUGAGUCUACAGGCGGCGUAUGCUUGCUUUCUCGGACGGGGAGGACUAUCAUCGGAGCGGUAUAUAGUGUAUGCGGGAUUGCGAAGAGGCGGAUAUGUUGUUAUUCGUGCCGAGAGCUGGAGGACAAACCUACCAGAAGCGUUAAAACCAGCGACAACGGAAGGGCAACCGCGAAGAUUCUCCAGUGAGCCGCCGCGUGCGGGACUCCUGGCACGUUUAUCGGAGCUUUUCCACUCUAUCAUCAACCCUCAAUCCACAUGCUCUACUGUUCACGGGCCAGUGAUAGGUCUAGGGAUUCAUCGUAGUUACGACGAUAUCUAUCGCACCCUCUCCAUCAUCCCGGCCUUUAAUCCAGCUAUCCCCGAUUCUGAUCCAACAAUAAUCGAAUCAAGUUCGCGCUCUACGUCGCCUUAUCGCCUUGCUUUCAAUGUCUACAAGCCGUCGACCCCAUUUCGCAAAUCAUCUCCUGGCACUCCAGACUUCCGCCUCGCUGUGAUAAACGCCCGUACACAUCCCUCCGUUCCCUCACUGAGUGAACUUGGGGCCCUCCUAGCCAACACACCCUUGAUGCCCCCUCGCGGCGAGAAGUUAGACCGGCUAAUGUACAUGCGAUUGCGCCAUGGAUGGCGUAACGUUAUCCUUGGUGUAGUCGACCAAGGAGUGGUCAGUUAUCUGAGAGUUGCGGAUGCAGGGUUCAUUAAAGAGCCACUUUACGAGCAGAAAGCCGCCAUAGGACCCGGCGGGAAAGGCGGACGGGGCACAUCGGCCAGGAAAGGAAGGGGAUAG